AUGGAGACGGCGCCAUUACAGGAGUCCCUGCCCGAUAAGAAGAAACGCCACAAGAAGCGAUCAGUUUCGCCCAGCCAUCAUGAUGAAGUGUUGUCGGACCCGAACACGAAAGGCGAGGCGGCGAGUCCGCCGCAAGAAGAGGCUCAGUCUCAACAACCACCCCAAGAACAACCGCAGCAGGCGAACACACCAGCACAAAAGGGCCAGGAACCGGAGAACUCAUACUCGAAUCAACCAGCUUCAGUAAAGCCCGAGGAUCCGCAGCAACAACAGCUGUCGCAACCAGCUGCUGCAGGCAGCAAGGAAUCACAGCAACAGCAGAUGCAGCAGCACCAGGAGCAGCAGCAACAGCAGCAGCUGCGGAGGCCAGUCGGGAAGCAACAAACUCCUGCCGACAAACCUGUUGCGGAAACCGCAGACAACGUCUCUAUCCGCCCGCGCUUAGGCGUCAUAUUGGCGGCCUGCCUGAUUGCGUUCAUCGCCAUCUCCAUGAGCGUUUUGGUCUUCAACUUGUUCCGGCCCAUUGUAGGACAAGGCUGCGUUAACCCGGCAUGCAAGGAGGUGCUGCGAUACAUGGAAGCCAUCGUGGACAAGAAGAUCAAGCCAUGCAACGACUUCUACCGGCAUGUUUGCGGCCACUGGCUCCCACGCGAGACUCCGCCGACGCCAGCGCCACCAGCGUCUUCCUUCAUGGCGGACGUGCUGCGAAACUACACCGCUAGGAGGCACCGCGAGAUGAUGGCGCGGAAGUCGUGGGCUGAGCCCGCCGACUCGGUGUCACGUUACUACUCGUAUUGCGUCGCCUACAAGAGCGUCCCGAGGACCCUGCAGGAAACAGUGGGGAAGUUGUUUGAGGUCACUGGCAUAAGCCUAAAAUCAUGGCAAGAUAUUCCCGCGGAUGCUGCACUUGCUGAACUCAUACGGCUCUCCUACGUCUAUCGGUUGCACGCCCUCUUCAGGAUCACUACGAGCCACGACGACUCCGAUACCUACUUUGAAAUAGACAGGUGGACUUCCUUCAAACGACGGCUUCCCAACAUCGGCGAUGACAGUGAAAAUAAAGCGUUUCUCGAAUCCGUGCUGAAAGCCAUCGCAGGUAAGGACGUCAAUGCCACGGUGAUCAAAGAAUGCUUGGAUCUCGAUGAUAGCAUCGGGCUUAAGGAAACGCGUGGUCACAGUUCCCUGCCAGUCCCAAUUUCAGAUGACGAUUGCACCGAGUUUCCGCCUACGAAAUGGGUUACGCUGGUCAAUGCUGUAGGUGACGCACCAAUGUUGCCCGCCAACACUACUGUCAUCGGGAGAGAAUUCAAAGGUGCGUGCAGCGAUAUCACGUCCGUUUUUCUCCACGACGCAAUGCCUGUAAAGGACGUGUACCCGUUGGCACUGGUGGCGGUCAACAUCCUGAAGCUCGACUACAUGCUCGCAUCAGGUUCGAAGCUCGAACCGGAACUGGUGCAGAAGGUUUGCCACCAGGACACCAUGGCGGUGUUCAAACGCCUCUGGCUACCGUCCUUGACCAAGGUAUUGUCCAUCUCGUCGGAGACCGCCUUGACCGUGGACAGCUACUUCUCGGCCUUUAAGACUGCGAUCGAGCAGCAUAUCGCCGAGGACCUCAAAUGGAUGAGCGAGGAUGACCGGAAAAGCUUCGUGUUGAAGUCGAAGGAGUUGCAGAUGUCCAUGUUCAGCAACAGCUCCCUGUCUGAGCAAGAAAUUGGCGACAGCCGCUUCAACCCGAGUUUCGGUAUGCGCGAGAACGACUGGGUCUUCAACAAGGUGACCGUGCUGAAGAGGCUGAAGCUAGCCGAUGACGCCGACCACGACGCGGACGCGGUGCGAGACGACGACGAGUACGUGGACACCGUCGAGGUCGAGCUGGCUGUCGACCCCGCCGCUGGCAAGAUCAUGGUGCCGCACAUGUUCGCCGUGCCGCCGAUGUUUUUUGACGAUCUGCCGGGCGCCAGCUACGCCAACAUCGCACUGCUUGGUGUCCAGAUGGCGCGCAAAGCGCUGGGCCUACUCAUCGGCACGCAGGCCGCCGGGUCCUCGUGGUCGAACGAGACAGCGACCGCUUACGGCGCGCUACGAAAGUGCUACGCCGACCAGUCGGCCGCAUUUCACGCGCCGCUGGAAACUGAACAACAGUUUGACGAGGCGGUCGCGGCAGCCGUGGCCAUCAGGCUGGCCUAUCGAUACAAGCCGUUGAUUGGAGAGGGCAGCUCGGUAGAUGACGCCAAACUUUCAUCAGAGGAGCUCUUCUUCAAGCGGGCUUGCCUUUCCCUCUGCGCUGGCGGGAAGCCGCGACAGGACUUCAACUCCUUGGAGAAGGACGUCGCAUCUGCUGCUUGCACGCUUGCCGCGUCCAGCAUGCCGGAGUUCCACAAGACGUUCGGUUGCCGCGAUGAUGACCCUAUGGUGGCACCGAAGCUGUGCGCGUUUUAG